AGUCGCACAGUGAUUACGUCAGCUUGACGGACAGGCAAAAUGGCUACAUCGACUUGGCAGCAUGGCUCAUCUGCCAUGCGACUAACCGAGGGUUUGGUGUCGGUUCUGAAAGAACACCGUCCAGAAUAUUUACCUGCUUUGUUGGCUAGCUACAGAGAACAUGGCGUAUUCCCGACACAGGGCGCGAGCGCCGUCGGGGGUCUCGUGGGUUUUAGCAAUGCCAAACUGGGCUCGAGCAAGACCAGGUUUGAAGGGCUCUGCCUGCUCUCCAUGCUGGUUAAAGACAGCUCCAGUUCUCUGUUUGAGCAACACUGCCUUUCCUGGCUGCGUUCCCUGCAGCAGGUCAUACAGUCUCAGGCUCCAGUUCAAACCAUUCAGCUAGCAGUGAACAUUCUGAAGGAUUUGCUGCACUACUCAUCCCAGUUAGCAGAGCUCGCCAGGGAAGUGGGACUCAACUCCAUCCUGGGCAUCCUGACUUCUCUUCUGGGACUCAAGACAGAGUGUGAGCUGUCAGCCAUGGAGGGAAUGACUGCCUGUAUGACUUACUACCCCAGAGCCUGUGGAUCCCUCCGGGACAAACUAGGAGCCUAUUUCCUCUCCAAAAUGGACAAUACAAACAAGAAAACACAAGUGAUGGCUUGUCAGUGCUAUGGUCGCUUGCCCUGUCUGGGGGGCCUAUUGGACAGAGGGAUGGGUGCUGGCAGAGCUGAGGGCUGGACCAAUCAGAUUCACUGCUUAUUGGCAUCAGCCAAUGGCCUGUUGGCACAGAUCUACCAAGGAUCAGAAAUGGAUGGAACUGCGCAAUAUGAAGGUUCGGGGGUGGAGCUGGCCUUUCCUCAUCUCGACCAAUCCGAUCCCCUGCUGCUCUUGCAGCUCCAGAACAGAUACACAGCUCUCUGUAUGGCACUUAAACACACGCUAAGAGUGGAUCCAGCCUCAGCUGUACGUCUGCCUGUCAGACCAAUUCUCAACCUGGUGUGCCGAGCCCUUGCUGUCAGCUCCAAGAGCAUAAAUUUAACAGGAGACGGAAGUGUGAGGAUGCUUGUCCUGCCCAUCAUACACACCAACACUCUGGAGGUCCUAUCAGCUCUCAUCACAGUUGUACGCAGCGGCAUGGUUCAAUACACUGUAGUUCUCCAGAGGCUGUUUUCUCAAACCCUGUCUUCCUGGGCACCUCUACAUGAAGCCAAUCUAGGACAGCAGAAAGCCUACAGUUCGGUGCGGGUGUCAGUGUACAGAACCUUAGAGCUCUGGAUCCAGGUGGCUGGGGCCUCUGCAAGCAUUCUUCAGGGAAGCCCGGGCCAUUCAGAACUGCUGUUUAGCCACCUGCUCAGUGACAUCACACCAGGGGUCGACUCUGUCAAGCUCCGGGCUGGUCUGUCAGCUGAUGUGGUUCCUGGAGGGAAACCAGGCCCUCGGAGGACGAAGCCUUUGGUCAUAGCAGAUGCAGGCGGGUCAUCACUUCAGAGGAAAGGAGACCUUCUGGCCAAUCAGGACACUUGCCUUUCAGCCCUCAGAGCACUGAGACAAAUCAUACUGACAAGUGGUACACUGCUAAAGGAUGAUAUACACAAGCGUAUCCACGACGUGGUGCUGCCGCUGUGUGUGCGUCUGCAGCAGCAACAGUCCUGCAGCAACACUGCAUGUGAAUCUGCAGUGGGGGUCAGUGGGCAGUACAGCAGUGCCCUCACACGACGCGAGCUAUACAGGUUAUUGCUGGCUCUGGUCCUGGUCCCAUCACCGUGUUGGCCUCCACCUUUGACCUGUGCUGUAUCCAUCCUCAGCAAGGGACUCACCGACCGCAACCUCAAGAUCUCUACAUUCUGUACUGAGGCCUUGACCAUCUGUAACUCUCUGCUCCAUCCCCGUAAUCCCUCCAUCGCCCUCCCCUUACCACCUCUCACGUUGAAACCCACACCCACCGCACCAGUCCUUUCAUCCUCUCAAGGACCUACCCCUGGACUUACUUUGCCAACCCUUUUAGGAGGCACCGCCCCUGGUCCCCCUUUUGCUACUCGCCACUCCCUCAGCCUUGGCCCGACCUCCCUCCUGGGCUCGCUUGAGAACCACCUCUCCCUGGUUCCGGGGCUGUCAAGCCAGGCCCACACUCCAGGAGACAUGAUCCUAUCCCCACAUGCACACCACUUGCCAGACCAGGCUGGGCUUGGGCCCCCAGAAGGGCAGAGACCUGUCUUUGUCCGUUAUGAAAAAGAAGAAGCAGAUGAUGUGGAGAUCUCUUUGGCCAGUGACUCAGAUGACAGCGUGGUUAUCGUUCCUCCAGGGAUGCUUAACAUGGAAAACCAGCAGGAAGACACAGCCGUCUCAACAAACUCCCAGAAUGCGGCUUCUGCUGCACCAGGAGGCUCCACAGUCACACUACCAGGAGGAGAAUGUGUCACCAUGGUUCCCACCACAGCAGCACCAACCACAGUAGAUGGCAUCUCGCUUUCCAACAAUCUCCCUAACUCCUCCCCUCUACUCACCACUUCCACAGCCCCCAUUAACUCCUUCCCUCCUUCCAGCACCUCAGUGGUUUCUCUGGUUCCACCUCUUAACUCUAGCACUCUCACAGUUCCACCGGGCAGUCUGGGGGACUCAAUGCCUGGUAGACCCCAGCUCCAGCAGAUGCUAAUGCAGCCCUCCACGACAGGCCAGCCCAGUGCCAUGGGUCUACCACUGCAGCUCCACCAGCUUCAGAAUCAGCUGAAUCCACAGGGUAGGCAUCUUCACCAGCAUCAAACUCCCACUGCACUGAGUGAAGAUUCAGCCGUCAUCAACAUAAACAGCACAGAUGAGGAGGAGGAGGAGGAAGAGGAGGACAUUGAGGAUGACGAAGAGCUGGAAGAGGAAGAGGAAGGGAUGGAGGAGGAGGAUGAGGAGGAAGAGGUGAGUGAUUUUGCUGAGGAGGAGUUCUAUGAUGGAGAGGAAUUUGAGGAGUAUGAUGAAGAAGAGGGAGAAGAGCUAGAGGAGGAAGAGGAAGAGGAUGGAGACAUACCUCCAUUAGAAGGAGCAGAAGACAAGGCAGGAGAGAUGGGGAUGGAGGAGGGGAAGGUGCUCCAAGCAGCAGUGGAUGAAGGAGGGAUUGCUGGAUUCAGUGUGGAAGGAGAUGAUGAAGGUGGGAUAGAAGAGAUUCAGACCAACAGAGUGCUAUUCGGAGAGGACAGGAUGAAGGUCCAGGAGGUGGAGAGCAUUGGAGUCCUGGAGGAGGCGCGGGCGGGUGAAGACGAAGAAAGUGAAAGGAUGGAUGACCCUACCAUGCCACAGAUACUGUGUGUCACCGGAGGAGCACUGGAGAAGAGGGAGGAGACAGAAGAGAAGGAAGGGGGAGCUGGAGGAGGUGUGAUGCAGCAGGAGGCAAGCUUGUGGGAGAAAGGAGCCAGUGAGAUUGAUCCAACAGCCCCCUCAGAAGAGUGCACAACCAAUCAGAAUCAACAGGAGUCGUGGGCUGAAACGGCACAGGAAGCCAGUGUGAGUGAUAACCAGCCAUGUAGUCAUCAGGAGGAACAACCAGCAUCUGCCGAAGAAGGAGAAACGGCAGCUGCAGAGCCCGAAACCGCAACAGCUCUGAAUACUAAAGAGCAAGAGGAGACAAAUGAGAACAGAGACAACAAAGUGGAAACUGAGCUGCAGGAGACAAAGGGAGGAAGAGGAGGGGGAGAGAGUGAUGGAGAAGAAGUCAAAGGACUGAAGAGGAAGAGAGAGGACGUGCACAGGGCGGAAGAGGCGGGACACAGCACUGAGAAGAAAAAGCUGGAUGAUGACGCCAUGGCCUCCAUGUUGGCUGAUUUUGUCGCCUGUCCACCUGAUGAUGAAGACGGUGCCUCUGGAUCAAACUGCUCAUAAUCACUUGCCAACCAUAACUGUCUGUAAUGUUAUUGAAGUCGCCAUGAAUACUGCUAAGAUACUGUAUUAUUAGUGACAUUUUCAAGACUGAGUUUCCUCAUAUAACAAGUCCUGUAUUAACAUCUUCAGUCAUUCUUCAAUGUUCACAUCAGACUGAUAUAAUGUGGCCUCCUGGUUUGUCUUUUAACAUUGUUGCUCACUUUCAGCUGCACUGUGUGGGCUGUGGGAAUAUUAAACUAUUACAACUUUUAGUGAUAGCAAAAA